AUGAGCAUUUCUCCUCCCUACACCUGCAAACUUAGUAGUCCUCUGCCAAUUGUUCAUAAAUACUAUCAGUCUGGAGAUUUAAUCAUUGCUGCUAUUAUUUAUCAAGUUCUCUUUCUUUCAAAUGAGAUCACUUUUCAUAGCCUUCCUAAGUAUGAUGUCCUUGAUCAGUACAUGUUCAUCACUCAUAAUUACCAGCAUACUUUGGCUCUGCCAUUUGCUGUAAAAGAGAUCAAUGAAUAUUCUGGGAUUUUACCCAAUGUUAGCCUUGGUUUCUAUAUUGGUACUGACUACAAUAUGGAAAGUACAACUUAUCAUUUAUCAAUGGAAUUUCUAUCUACAAAGGAUAAAUUUAUACCCAACUACAAAUGCAAUGACCAGACCAACACAGUAGUUGUCAUUGGAGGACCCCGUAGUAACACCUGUCUCAACAUGGCAAUCUCUCUGUGCAACUACAAAUUUCCCCAGGAGCUGACCGGAUUCCAACAGUUUAUACAGAAGAGAAACCCAAACUUAAAAAAAGAUGAUGGGUUUAUUAGAGAUUUCUGGAAAGAUGCAUUUGAAUGCUCAUUCUCCAGUAAUAUUACCGAUGAGAAUGCUAAAAGGAUCUGCACUGGAGAAGAGAAGCUGGAGACUCUUCCUAAUUCUGUCUUUGACAUCACCAUGAAUGGACAUAGUUACAGUGUCUACAAUGCAGUCUAUGCUGUGGCACAUGCUCUGAAGGCCAUGCGCUCCGCCAAACUCAAAGGGAGACGAAAAAUGAAUGAGAGGAAAUGGAGGCGCUUCCUCCAGUCACCCUGGCAACUCCACCUUUUUUUGCAACAAGUCACCUUUAACAACAGUGCUGGAGAACAGAUUUCCUUUGGUCCCAAUGGGGAAUUAGAAACAGGACUUGAUAUUUUCAGUUGGGUCACAUUUCCAAAUAAGUCCUUUCUGAAAAAACAAAUUGGAAAGAUUGACCCCCUGGCUCUCUCAGAAAAGCUCCUCACCAUUUCUGACAAGGAAGCUGUUUGGCCUCUCAUGUUUAACCAGGCAUUACCUCUUUCCAUCUGUAACAAGAAGUGUCCUCUUGGCCACAGCAAGAUAAAAGUGGAAGGGAAAUUAUCCUGUUGCUAUAACUGUAAACUAUGUCCAGAUGGGAAGACAGCUGACCAAUUGGACUUGGAUGACUGUUUCCCUUGUCCAGAGGAUCAAUAUCCAAACAAGGAUAAGGAUACUUGCCUUCCAAAACAUAUAAUUUACUUAACUUAUGAAGAACCUUUGGGGAUUUCUUUGGCAGUUAUUGUAGUCUCCUUUUCUGUCAUCUCAGCUGUGGUGCUCAGGAUAUUCAUUAAACAUCAGGACACACCUAUUGUGAAAGCCAAUAAUAGGAACCUCACUUAUAGCCUUCUUGUUGCUCUCCUGCUCUCUUUCCUUUGCACUUUGCUCUUCAUUGGGCAACCUGACCAAGUGAAAUGUCUCUUGCGACAAACUGCUUUUGGCAUCAUCUUUUCUGUAGCCCUUUCUUGUAUAUUGGGGAAAACUAUCAUAGUGGUCCUUGCUUUCAUGGCCACCAAGCCCGGAUCCAAAAUGAGAAAAUGGGUGGGGAAAAGGCUGGCUAUUUCUAUUGUUCUAUCUUGCUCUCUGACACAAUUCUGCAUUUGUGUGGUGUGGCUCACAAUUUCUCCUCCCUUCCCAGAUUCUGACAUGCACUCCAUGGCUGAAGAAAUUGUUCUACAAUGUAAUGAAGGUUCAACCACCAUGUUUUAUACAAUGCUUGGUUUUCUGGGGUUCUUGACUGCUGUCAGUUUCACUGUGGCCUUCCUAGCCAGGAAUUUGCCUGACACCUUUAAUGAAGCCAAAUUUAUCACCUUCAGCAUGUUGGUCUUUUGCAGUGUUUGGGUAUCAUUUGUUCCCACCUAUUUGAGUACCAAGGGAAAAUACAUGGUGGCUGUGGAGAUCUUCUCCAUUUUGGCUUCAGCAGCUGGAUUACUGGGGUGCAUAUUUUUCCCCAAAUGCUAUAUCAUUGUUCUGAGACCUAAUUUGAAUAAGAAGGAGCAACUAAUGAAAAAAUGAAACUGAUUUUAACACCAUAUCCCUUGAAUGAAACCUGAUUGGUUGCUUUUAGCAUAUAGAGAUUUUUU